UAUUGUAUCAAAGGAGCGCGUGUAUGUAUGGUUGCAGCCUCGCGCCUCCGGUCUUGUGUGCACGUUCGGUUUUAGCCGGAUCCUACAUUUCGCUACGUUAGCGUACAGAAGCUAACAAACAAGAUGUCGAGGGUGUACAUUGGGCGAUUGAGCUACAGGGCCAGAGAAAAGGACGUGGAGAGGUUUUUUAAAGGCUACGGGAAGAUACUCGAAGUCGACCUGAAAAACGGGUAUGGGUUUGUUGAAUUUGAUGACCCCCGUGAUGCAGAUGAUGCUGUUUAUGACUUGAACGGCAAGGAGUUGUGUGGCGAAAGAGUCAUUGUGGAGCACACCAAGGGACCCCGUCGUGAUGGAGGUUAUGGUGGUGGUGGUGGGGGUGGCGGCGGCGGAGGUAGUAGUGGUGGCGGCAGCGGAGGCGACCGUGAGGAGGAGGAGGAGGAGGGAGGGGGAGGAGGAGGAGGAGGAGGAGGAGGAAGAAGCAGCAGCAGCAGUGGAUAUGGUCGCUGGGGAAGAGACAGAUAUGGUCCACCUAUAAGGACAGAUUAUCGGCUCAUUGUUGAGAAUCUUUCCAGUCGCUGCAGCUGGCAGGAUUUAAAGGACUACAUGAGGCAGGCAGGCGAGGUCACUUACGCUGACACCCACAAGGGGCGUAGGAACGAGGGGGUUAUAGAGUUCAGGCUCUACUCCGACAUGAAGAGGGCUCUGGAGAAGCUCGACGGCACCGAGGUGAAUGGUAGAAAGAUCCGGCUGAUCGAGGACCGCCCUGGAGCCAGGCGCAAGCGCUCUUAUUCUCGCAGUCGCAGCCAUUCCAGGUCCCGCUCCAGGAGCCGCAGGUCUCGCAAGAGCCGCAGCCGCAGUGAGAGCAGCAGUCGCAGCCGCUCCCACUCCAGAGCGGCGUCCCGCUCCCGCAGCCGAUCUCGUAGCAAGAAGAAUAAGGUGAAGGGAAAGAAGGAGGAUGAAGAGCGCAGCAAUGGCGCUCCGAAGAACAAGGACCGCAGCAGGAGCCGCAGCCCCAAGAGCCGCAGCCCCAAGAGCCGCAGCCCCAAAAGCAAAAAGAGCAAGAAAGACGGCAAGAAGAAGAAGGAUGAUUCCAGGUCCAGGUCUCGCUCCCGCUCUCGCUCUAGGUCUCGCUCCAGGUCUCGCUCUAGAUCAGGAAUUAAAGAUCGCUCCAGGAAAUCUGGCUCCAAGGGCCGCGAGCCAGCCAAGAGCGACGACGAGGGGGGCGAGCCAGAGAGGGGCUCCCGCUCUCGUUCCCGCUCCCCCGCUGAAUCCAAAUCCAGAGCCAGGUCUAAAUCAAAGUCUAAGUCCAAAUCACGCUCCCCCACACCUGCCAAAGCCCGCUCCCACUCCCGCUCUGCCUCCCGUUCAGAGUCCCACUCCAAAUCCCGCUCCCAGUCUCGUUCUCGCUCCCGUUCCCGCUCUUAGUUCAGAUUUUGGACCGUAUGUCAUGAGCCCUUAUCCCAGUGUCUGCCCCCUGCCCUCCAUUUACAUUCCCCAGACCCCACAACACUAUCCCUGGCCCUGUUUUUGAUAAAUAGCUGUAGAAUUCCAGGCAUUUGUGCUUGAUGUCUUUUAUGCACAUGCUACUCCAUUUCAUUUGACUUUUACUCAACAUAUUUUUUCAUUAGAGCUGUAUCGUAUGGGGGUGUUUGUAAAAUAACAGGGUGCAAUCUCAGUUUUAUAAGUUUAAAUGAUGGUAUGGUAUGUGUCUUAGCAUUUUUUUAAUCAAAUGUAGAAGCAUAUGGUUGGUGGGAAUAAGUCCCAACGUCUCCUCACCUUUUGUGAAAUUCUUGUAUCGUUUUAUUUCCGAUUAAAAUGAAAUGCCUGUUCUAAA